GUCUUCCCUUUGUUUUCUAGGACGUCUAGAGGUUUCAUGAACUCUUGUUUGACUUUCUCUAAUAUCCCCUAUGGCACCAGCUUCUUGGUACUGUUUGCCUUAGGCUUUCCUCCCCCCGGGCUCCUCGAGCGACUCGGAAGCGAAUAAGCACUGGACGAGCAGAGUCCUUUAAAGCACCACGAAAUCACACUUUCAUUCCCCAACUAAUCUUCCUAGUAAACGUCCUUCCGUUCAAAUAAUGAUCCUGUUCAAAAACCUUUUCGGUCUUCAUACUCAGGCUUGCGAUGCUCGUCGGUAUCGUAUCCGGCUACAGAGUCCCCGCGACAAAUAAAAGAGCUCUCUCGGCCAGGUUAAAUUCAGACAAAAUGAGUCCCCUCUCGUUUAUGUCUGGUCUCGAAGCUCUUGCUACUACUGUCAUGGGCUGCGGCGACAUAGGCGAUAGUUGUGUUUUCGUUGGGUGCUGCGAUCGGGCUUUGUGCUCGCCUUACAAUUACAAAUGCUACGCUGAUGCUCCUUGGUCGAGAGACCAGCUUGCGCCGCCAACGUAUAAAGACGAAGAUGUGCGUAUUGCGGCCGGGGAAACAAUCUCUUUCGAAGUUUAUCGCAGGCAUAAUGGCGGUGUGUUCAAAGGUUAUCUGUUUCAACUCGAGGGCAUGUCUGUGCAUGGGUGGACUGAACUUGGAGUGACCUCUGAUUACGACAAACGAGGCAUAUUUCACGUCGUACAAGCGGACUCGCAGGCUACACGAUUGGCUGCAACUUCUCCUGGUGAUCAAAGCGACGUGUACAAGCUGAUAAACCAGGAUCAACAAGACUGGGUGUACAUAAAUGCAGAUCUUGACGAUAAAUCCCCCGCCACACAACUGAACUUUGUCGAAGGCAUGUUCGGAGUUGACAAGUGCUCCUAUCACGCACUUUGGUUUGGAACUACGAUGAGGAAUGACUUCAAAUCUGCCCUUAACGUAAACGGAGACGGGGAGGGCAAUGUUAAGGACGAAGGUUAUACCGCGUAUCUCCAAGUCAUUAGGGAGCAAUCCUAAUUGUCUUAUCAGAAACUUUAUAAUAAGUUAACGGCUUCUUUUUUUACUACAUAUGUUCUGGACUUGUAAAACUCGAAGUAUAAUAAGCGCUCACAGCGUCUACUUACAACUUCAAAUCUUCUGGCCCAUAGCC